AUGGCUUCGACAAGCGCAAACAAGCAGCUCUACUACGAGCUGUACAGGCGGUCUUCCAUCGGCAUGCAACUCACCGAUGCACUAGACGAACUUAUCCAGUCCGGACACAUCAAUCCGGUGCUCGCCAUGCGUGUUCUCAACGAGUUCGACAAAGCCAUCGCUACCAACCUCGCCAAAAAUGUCAAGGCGAAAAGUCAACUCAAGGGCCACCUCAAAGACUACCGUCUCUGCGAAGAAGUCUGGACGUUCAGAGUUCGUAAUGCGACGCUCAAACUCGACAAUGCCGAGAUCUUGGAUGUCGACAAGGUCAAGAUCGUCGCUUGCAAAAUGGCAGAUAGUACCACCAAGUGA